AUGAAGGCCUCAGCGGUGGGACGAGCAGUCAGUCACGGGGCUCUCUGUCGGAGCCCCGUAACCGAAGACCACACUCAGAGGACCAGCGGAAACUCAUUCGUUGCCACAACGGUACAGUUGAAGAGCAUGUUCGGGAAGACCACCGAGACGGAAGAUCGUUCUCCAAGUGCCGGACCCUCACCGACGGGGAUAGGAUAUCUCGAUUUCACGGAUGGCUGGGAAAGACUCUCACCGUCCUAUAACAGGACGUCAGGAACCAUAUCGCCGUCUGAUUCCAACAACUUGUCUACGGCGACCGUUUUGCCGGCAAUCGAAGCAGUAUCAUGGACGUAUCGUCGAGAGGCGACUCCCGUACCUCAGGACAAAGGCGCCAGAGUCCGAGCACACAGGAGGAAGGCCGCAGUCUCCGAGAUUCCGCUUUCUGCCUUGUUCGACCCCAACCUAACCCUAUCGCAAUGCUCGGGUGCCGACCCGGCCAGCACUCAGAUAAACGGCCAAUAUCACAUCGACAAGGGCAAGAGUGACAGCCAUUUAAGACACCAUAUCCUCCUGGAGGGCACUGAUGAAGAGGAGCUGCGCAGGACCUCUCCGCGAAGCUCGACAUUGCUAUCCGAGCGCCUCUCCUCUAAGUCGGAAGGACAUAGUCUCCCAAACAGUGAGCCGGUCGUCGGGCCUGGAGCCAUCGAAUCGCCCAACAGGAAACUCCGGCUGAGAGUUUCUAGGAGCGCACUAGCCAAGGCGCGGCAACAGGCGGGCGCAAAGUCACGGACCUCUUUUGGUCAUCGCAGCUCAGGCUCGGCGGACGACCCCGAUCGCUCGGUCAUUGCGACUCCCUCACCGGUCCCUUCAACAACCGAAACCGCACCAAGCAAGCAACGACGGGGGCGUGGAGGAGGGUAUCUCGCCAGACCCUCUGCUACACCAGAGUCGCGUCCAUCUUCAGACCUCGCCGCCAUACCUAGCGAGAUCGAAGCUUUAUUCUACGCCACCGGUAGCCGCGUCAACGGCAAAGCGCUCCUGCGGCUGAAGAAGCGCUUUCCGGACCUGGGCGCUCGCCUCGCUGAGAUGCAGCUACAGUCGGUAGAGCCGCUAGCCGGAGUUGCGGGCGAUGAUGAACGUGCCAGACAGGCGGCCUUUCCUGGGGAAGCAGCGCGCCACGAGCAAAGCCAUCCGCUGCGCAAGAAACGACUCAGGGGCCAGAUAUCCAGGUGGAUGAAAAAUGCCAGGCAAGCGGUCACUGGUGGUAGGGCGUCAAAGGGUUGGCGAACAUGAGGUUUCAGUCUUCGAGAGAAUCAACUUGAAAACAGGGAAGGGACAGGCUUGGAUUCGGCUGAUAGUGAACAAAGAUGAUACGAAGUGGAAGCCUAGGGAGAAGGGUGCUUCUCGCGGUCUGGCGCUAUCACAGUUCGCUCACUUUGCUUAGGAUACAGUUAACUACAGAU